AUGACGUUCCUGAAACCAGAGACAACUUGUAGCGAGCUCGAGAGUCAGCAGCACGUUGACUUGUUACAGACGGAUAGGACAGGCCUAUCACCAAGCUGCCACCACAUCUUUUCUCCGUGGUUCCCAACACUUGUAGACUCACCUGCUGUUCCAGAAGCGGUGACAUGUCUUUUUAGCGAGCGACGCCUCGAGCCGUGCGAGUGGAUAGAGUUACUGGAGCAGACCGAGUGCUUGGAUUACGUAAGCCCGGAUGUUGACGCGUGCAUUGAGAUGCAAAGUCGGAUAGAAGGCGAUCAGGAGCUUGAGCUCACGGGCACGGAAUUUAUCACAAGUCCGGCGAUACCGAAGCUCCCGUCGCUCGUUAGCCUUUCCGUGGAGCGCAACACAAACUCAAUGCCGAUGGCACAGCCUCAAGGCACCCUGCCACGGCGCCCGGGCUUACGCGAAAAGUUUCCUCGUCAGCAGCUACCAACGGACUACACUGAUGCACACUACCCUCACAACUAUCUACUAACUGUUGACAGGCUGGUGGAAGACAAACAGGCAAUGAGAGUGGAAAGAUCAGCAGAGAGACGAAGCUCCGAAAGGCAGUCUGCCAGUCGAUCUCUCAGGUUCGAAGUACCUCAACAAAUCAAUUCUUCUCGGCCAAAGCGCGCUUCAUGGGGCGGGCAUUCUGCAAGAGCGAACGCUAGAGCGAUGUCUCGAAGGCAAUGCAAGUCGACUAGAAAGUCAAAAGACUGCAUGAUUCCAGGCUGUGUGAAAGGUGCUCGCUCGAGAGGACUGUGUAAGCGUCACGGCGGAGGCAAACGAUGCACUUUUUCAGGCUGCGCCCGCAGUGACCAAGGUGGUGGCUUCUGUAUCGCCCACGGCGGAGGUAAGCGAUGCGCCACUGAAGGAUGCAAGAACUCUGCUCAGUCGCGCGGACGCUGCAAGAGCCAUGGAGGUGGCAAGAGAUGCCGUGCUGAAGGAUGCGCCAAGAGCAGCCAAGGAGGAGGAUUCUGCCGUGGCCACGGAGCUGGCAGAGCCUCCAAAGUCAAGACGGCGAAUAUCUUAUUGUAG